GUGCGUUGUACGAGGGCGUGCUGAAUGAAACGCGGGAACUGGCGGUACUGAUCAGUUGUGACGUGAUUUUCUGUCGUCAGUAUUUUUAAGAUCAAAUAAUUGAUUUUAAUUCGUUUGAUUGCCGUUUGGAUACUAAAAGUACUCUGUCUAUACAGCCGUUGUUUUAAGUAGAUUUAGAGUGGCAGAAUUCCCCAGAAAAGGGGCAAUUUGACAUGGAGUCUUUUCAGAAAGUCGAGAAGAUUGGAGAGGGAACAUACGGGGUUGUUUAUAAAGCCAAGAAUAAAAUCACCGGAGAGACCGUUGCACUAAAGAAAAUUCGGUUAGACACGGAGACUGAAGGUGUUCCCAGCACUGCCAUACGUGAGAUCUCUCUGCUAAAAGAGCUCAAUCACCCAAACAUAGUCAAGUUGCGUGAUGUGAUACACACAGAAAAUAAACUUUACUUGGUGUUUGAAUUUCUUCACCAAGACCUGAAGAGGUUUAUGGACUCGUCCUCUGUUGCUGGCAUAUCCCUGCCUCUCGUGAAGAGUUACCUGUUCCAGUUGCUCCAGGGACUGGCCUUCUGUCACUCUCAUCGUGUUCUUCACAGGGACCUUAAACCCCAGAAUCUCCUAAUCAACGCUCAGGGUGAGAUCAAACUGGCUGACUUUGGUCUGGCCAGAGCGUUUGGUGUACCUGUGCGGACUUACACACAUGAGGCACGAUAA